AUGGAGGAGAAUGGUAACUCAAAUAAUGUACCCAAGGACAUCUGGAAACUGCCUCUCUCAGUUUUCUUCAAAGAUGCAAGGCUUGUUUUCAAGAUGGAUUCUCUUGGUAAGGAGAUACUAGGGAUUGCAUUCCCAUCUGCACUGGCUGUUGCUGCUGAUCCCAUUGCUUCUCUUAUAGACACAGCAUUCAUAGGCCAUUUGGGGCCGGUGGAACUUGCUGCUGUAGGAGUUUCCAUUGCUUUGUUCAACCAAGCUUCAAGGAUCACCAUCUUCCCUCUCGUCAGUAUUACAACUUCCUUUGUGGCUGAGGAAAACACUAUUGAAAAAAUCAAUACCACAGCAGUGGAAAAGCAGUUCACUGAAAACAUUAAGGUCAUGUCCAACGAAGUAAUGCCCGAUGAUCAUGCCCUUCAAGACAUAGAAAAAGGUGCAUCCAAAGAGAAUAAUGAGACCACAACAAAAUCUUUGGCCGAAAAUGGUGACACAAACGAGCUCAUGGCAAAAGUUUUAGUAACUGAGAAUGACACAAAUGAUGGUACUUUGAAAAGUGAGACAAAUAAUGGAGAUGAUGCCAAUACAAAUAUAUGCAACACUUCCACUGAUACUAGUAGUUGCAAUAAGAGCGUGUCAAAAACUAGAAGAAAGAAGCGACACAUUGCUUCAGCAUCAACAGCACUACUUUUUGGCACAAUCCUUGGCCUCCUUCAAGCUGCAACACUUAUACUUGCAGCCAAACCUCUAUUAGGUGCGAUGGGUCUGAAACCGGGUUCUCCCAUGCUAAUCCCAGCAGUAAAGUACUUGAGAUUGAGAUCCUUAGGUGCUCCAGCUGUACUUCUCUCAUUGGCCAUGCAAGGAAUCUUUCGAGGGUUCAAGGACACAACAACUCCUUUAUAUGUCAUUGUUUCCGGGUAUGGUUUGAAUGUCGCUUUGGACCCAAUACUUAUCUUUUACUUCAAAUUGGGCAUCAGAGGUGCAGCCAUUUCACAUGUGCUCUCUCAGUACAUAAUGGCAUUGGCCCUCUUCUUGAUAUUAAUGAGAAAAGUGGAUCUCCUACCUCCAAGCAUUAAGGAUUUGCAAAUUUUCAGGUUUCUUAAAAAUGGAGGUUUGCUGUUAGCCAGAGUAGUAGCAGUGACAUUCUGUGUGACCUUAGCAGCCUCAUUGGCAGCAAGGUUGGGCUCAAUUCCUAUGGCAGCAUUCCAAACCUGCUUACAAGUCUGGUUGACUUCGUCCCUUCUUGCUGAUGGUUUGGCUGUUGCUGUACAGGCAAUUUUAGCCUGUUCCUUUGCUGAGAAAGACUAUGACAAGGUGACUGCUACUGCAACACGGACGCUGCAGAUGAGUUUUGUUUUAGGAGUGGGACUCUCUGUUGUAGUUGGAGUUGGAUUGUACUUCGGAGCUGGAAUCUUCUCCAAAAAUGUUCUUGUUGUACACUUAAUCAGAAUUAGCAUCCCGUUUGUAGCUGCUACACAACCAAUCAAUUCAUUAGCCUUCGUCUUUGAUGGUGUGAACUAUGGGGCAUCUGAUUUUGCUUAUUCUGCUUACUCCUUGGUCAUGGUGUCAUUAGCAAGUGUUACUUCAUUAUUCCUUCUCUACAAGAGCAAAGGUUUUAUUGGGAUCUGGAUUGCACUAACCAUCUAUAUGAGUCUUCGCAUGUUUGCUGGUGUAUGGAGGAUGGGAACAGGAACAGGACCUUGGCGUUUUCUAAGAGGCCGCUCAUUAUCUUGA